UGCCAUUUUUUCUGUUUUUGGUUCCUUUUUAUUUUAUUUUAUUCUUUCCACAUUUUUCUUCUCUUUCUUUAACUCUCUUACUCCGUGUCCAUUUGUGUAUAUAUAGCAUGAGUUGAUCAACAAAAUUCAUUCAGUGCUUGCAUGAGAUUGAGGGGUUGAUUUGGAAGAAAAACCCAACUAAGGUUUUUCCUCUCCCAAGUUCAUACCCCAAAACCUUGUGCUAGCUUUUCUCUUUUGCUUCAUCAAAAUUUUAAGAGGAAUUAGAAAAAGAAGACGAAGAGAAUCAUGAUGACCUAUGCCUUUAUUUUUGGCAUACUAGGUAACAUCAUUUCCUUCUUGGUGUACUUGGCCCCACUGCCAACUUUUAUCCAAAUAUACAAAAACAAAUGCACAGAAGGUUUCGACUCACUACCAUACGUGGUAGCAUUAUUCAGUUCUAUGCUUUGGUUAUACUAUGGUUUCAUCCAAGCAAAUGCUUCAUUGCUUAUUUCAAUUAACUCAUUUGGAUGUGUCGUUGAGGCUAUCUACUGUAUCAUCUACAUAAUCUAUGCUCCCAGAGAAGUCAGGAAAUUAACAAUAAAACUAAUAGCGGCAAUGGAUGUGGGAUCAUUCAUUUUGAUAUGGUCGAUAGUAGAAUGGGCAAUACCUCAACAUCUGCGUGUACAAGUGUUAGGAUGGAUUUGUAUGUCCAUAUCAGUCAGUGUCUUUGCAUCACCUCUAAGCAUUGCGGUAAAGGUUAUUCGGACAAGGAGUGUACAGUAUAUGCCCUUCAGUUUGUCAUUUUCACUUACAUUGAGUGCCGUAAUGUGGUUUUUCUAUGGUUACUUUAAAAAGGAUAAGUGCGUUUUUAUCCCAAAUAUAGUUGGUUUCAUAUUGGGGGUAAUUCAGAUGGUGUUAUAUGCUUAUUACAAGACUUACGGUGUUGGAAAGGAAGAACCUCCUUGUGAAGUGAUAAACAUUGUUGUUAUGAAUCCAUCGGGUACUUGUGAAGUGUUUCCAAUUCCACUCGAUGAAAAUGAUGAUAUUAUUGAUACCGUUAAUCAAUAAUUUCAAGCAAAGAUUAAACUUGCUGAUGAUGAAAAAGACAAGCAGGAGAAAAACAUGAUGGAAACUAUUGAAAUAGAAUUGGUGGUGUGAAAAUUGUGUCAUCUUAUUAUAUUAUAUUUACCAUAUAAUAUAAUAUAGUAUAAUAUACUCUCUCGCAAGAAUACAUACAUAUAUGAUGAUAACUUUGCUUUCGUGAUGAACAAUGUGAAUUGUGUUGCUGCCAACCUUUGCAAGUGAUUCUAUUCUAUCAUCCUUGUAACUUCAUCAACAUGAUCAAUUCAUUAAUGUACUCACCUUCCUUCAUCAUGUGUUCAAGCUUCAAAGUUUUAUUAAUUAAUUAGUUCAUUAAUA